AUGUUCGAGAAAAAGUUCAACAUUGAAGUACAAACUUUACAGCCUUUACGUGAGUUUCUUGCACAACUGAAAGAAGAAGGUAGUCGGCCACAACUUAUAGACUUUCAUUAUGAAUUUAAUGAAAAUGAAGAUGGAACACAUGACUGUCAGUUUGUUGUAUUCUCACCAUUCAAUGAAGUCGCUAAAGAGAAAGAAAAUCCAUUACGUAUAAGAUUUCAAAUCUCUGAACCAAGUGAUGAUUUCAAGAAUGUUUUCAAUUAUGAUGCAAUGCUUCCGAGGAAAAAUGAAUUUUCAAAGAUUGUAACACCUGGCAUUUGGGAUAGAAAGCAAGCUAUAUUAUAUUCAAACUUAAGUAAGGGAGUUGAAAAUGAGUUCAUUGGUCAUACAAGAACUUCACCACUUCCUAACCCUAAAUACUAUAAAUUAACUGGCUUCAAUCGUGAGUUUUGGAUAGACAUGUUCUCCAUUCAUGACCAUAACUGCCCAGUGUUCUUACCUCCAGACCAUAAGGACUGUCUCUACAUUGAAGCACAACUCUUAAACUCUACCAUCGCAGUAUUGUAA